GUUUGAUGAGAAGAUGUAGCAUCCAGCAAUGCUCCAGAUUUGGCCUGACCCCCGCCGUCAUUCUGGCAAGCGUGCCGCUGCUUGGUUUGGGUUGUUGCAUGGCUGUGGCCAGCUUGGAGAGUGAAUUUGGGUCUCGAUGGCCACAGUUAUCUGCCGCACUUGGCAAGCCAAAGCGAUAUGCGGCCUGGGUGAACCCGUUUGCUGCCAAAGGUGCUGCACACGAGUUAUUGACAUUGCAUGGGCUAGAACCCUUGCCAGGCAUUGCCGGUGAGGCACAUUUGUGGGCACCUGCGCAGGCCGCAGACCAGCAAUUGCUGCCAAAACCACCCACAUGUUCUGUGACAGGGCUAAAAACUUACUAUCCUCUUGACUUAGCCUCAGCGAUGCCUGUGUUGGCCUUGCUGCGGGCCUGCGCAUCCAGUACGCCCAGGGCAGCACUUGACGCAUGCGCGGCACCGGGUGGCAAAUUCCUUCUGAUGGCUGGCGCCUUUCUCGGAAAACAGCGCCUGGGCCUGCACAGUCCAGACCUUGUGGCAGUGGAAAGUGACGCCUUCCGCGCAAGCCGUUUGAAGCAGAACGUGCGCUUGUACUUGCCAGAAGUCGCCUCACAGCGGGUGCGGGUGCUGCGUGCUGACUCUACACGAGCUCUCAGUCAGUUGCAGGCGGGUCCAUUUGACGCUGUUUUGGUGGACGCCCCUUGCUCCUCAGAACGCGAGAGGCUCCUACGUUCUUUGAGGCGUGGCCAGCAGGACGAAGGUUGGAAAAAAACAAAGGCAGAAGCGAAUGCUCGUCGGCAGGUGAGUUUACUAAGUUGCGCUCUGCAGAACACACUUCCGGGAGGCGUGGUCGUCUAUGCCACCUGCGCUCUCUCUCAGAUUGAGAACGACCUUGUUGUUCAAGCAGUAUUGGAUGACGACAAAAGAAACUGCCUGCUGUCUGUCGCAUGUGAUGUGCCUGGCGUAGAAGUAGUCUUGGGCAUCGGGGAUCGGCACCUGGACAACUUGCAGAUAACCCCAGAGGGGCACUUCUUCCAUAUCGACUUCGGCUUCAUCUUCGGUGAGGACCCAAAGCCUUUCGCACCUCGUCUGCGCCUGCCACAGCAGAUCGCGAGUGUUCUGAUGGCUGUCAGUGAUGCGGAGUCGGGCGGUACCAUGCUGGACAGAUGUUUCCUGCUAGCCGGUCGCGCGUACAUUGCGCUGAGACGCUCCAUGCCCCUGUGGGUGUCCCUCCUGCGAGUUACAGGCCAAGGAGGUGGUGCAGGUUGUGCACGCCUGCGAGCGGACGCGAAUGCAGCUGUUGUUGUCGUUACUGAUCGGCUUCGCAGCGACCUCGGAAGCCACGGCGAGGAGGAGGCUGCCUCGGAGUUCCUCAUGGUCCUCACAGAAAGUACAGAGGCGCUGUAUCCCGUUCUCACCGACAAGGUCCAUCAGCUCGGUCUUUUCUGGAAGUGA